AGAACUGACCGCCGAAAACAACUCUUUAAACUUGUUUGAUUAAAAACAUGAAUGUUAACAUUGAAUUAGUCAUUUUAACUCAUUUAAUGACUUUUAUCUCCCAGCUUCCACCAUCAGAGAGCUGCUGAUCUUAUCUCAUGAAGAAAGCCUUCAGAUUGUGGAGGACACCUCCCAUCAGGACAGACGAAGGUGGYUCACUCUCAGACCGGCUGGAGGGAAAGUUUGCAGCCGGUCCAAUAAAGGACAAAAGGAAUCAAAAUAUCUUUUUAUAUAAAUGUGUUUCUGUUCACAGACGGAGCACGACUCACGCUGAGCCUGACACUCUGGGGGUUUCCAGAGCAGGAGAGCUGUUUCACACGGCCCUGCAGCUUCUGAAGGACAGGGCGAAACAGAAAUAUAAAAGGACUUUCACUGCUUCAGACCUGUUGACGUGGGAAAAUGUGGCGCUGCUGGCGGAGCUGUCUCAGUGUCCAGAUCCAGCAGGGCCGGACCUCUGUGAGCAAAGUCGCCACAACAAAUACAGAACUAUAUCUGGAGUCUGCAACAACAGACAAAAUCCUCGCUGGGGAGCGGCCAACAGCGCCUUGGUCAGAUGGCUUCCAGCUGAAUAUGAAGAUGGGGAGGGAGAACCCAAGGGCUGGAACCGAGAACGGCUCCAUAAUGGAUUCCAACUUCCCCCGCCUCGGAGAGUCAGCAGGGAAAUAAUAAGGAGCUCCUGUAAAUGGAGAGAAGAUGACUACUCUCAGCUGCUGGUGGACUGGGGACAGUACAUUGAUCACGACAUAACCUUUACACCUCAGAGCAUCAGAAGUGCUGCUUUUUGGACGGAUGUGGACUGCUAUAAAACAUGUGAAAAUGUGCAUCCCUGCUUCCCCAUUGAGACUGAAGAGUCGCUCUGCAUGUCUUUUCGCCGCUCCUCGCCGGACUGCUUCGUCGCUUCUGGGCCUGAUCUCCAACAAGUCCUGCAGCGACAGCAGCUGAACGCCAUCACGUCGUACAUCGAUGCUUCUCUCGUUUACGGCCACAUGCCACAGCUAGAGGGAACGUUUCGUGACCUUCCUGGCCUCAAUGGGAAACUGGCCAUCAACGAUCGGUUCAAGGAACAAAAUGGACGAUCUUUUCUUCCUUUUGUAGCCAAGAUCCCGUCUGCGUGCCGCACGGACCAGCAGGGAGAACGAGUGGAGUGCUUCAGUGCGGGAGACAGUCGGGUCAACGAGGUUCUAGCACUGAUCGCUUUGCAUACACUGUGGCUCAGGGAACACAACCGAAUCGCAGACACACUGAAACUCAUCAACGACCACUGGAGCCCUGAGAUCAUCUAUCAAGAAACCCGCAAGAUUGUUGGAGCCCUGCACCAGAUUAUAACAAUGAGAGAUUAUGUCCCCAAAAUAAUUGGUUUGGAGUCGUUCGAACGUUUCGUCGGACCCUACAGGGGAUACGAUCCAACGGUGGAUGCCUCAGCCUCCAACGUCUUCGCCACUGCAGCGUUCAGGUUUGGCCAUGGGACCAUACCGCCAAUCCUCAGCAGGCUGAACGCAAGCUUCCAGGAGCACGAACAAUAUCCCCACCUGAGAAUGCACGAGUCUUUCUUCAGUCCUUGGAGAAUAGUUAAAGAAGGUGGGAUUGAACCGACUCUGAGGGGGAUGAUUGGAACGGCAGCACCAACUCUUCAUGCAAACUCGCUGUUAGUGGAGGAAGUAACUGAGAGACUUGUUGUUCUGGACACACAUCAAAACAUGGACCUGGCUUCCCUGAAUCUGCAGAGAGGGCGAGACCACGGACUUCCAGGCUACAACAAGUGGAGGGAUUUCUGUGGACUGACACAGAUUAAAACCUUGGAUGAUCUCUCGGAGGCUGUGGGAGAUGCAGGAGUCGCCGAGAAGAUUCUAAGUUUGUACAAACAUCCAGACAACAUUGAUGUUUGGCUCGGAGGACUCGUUGAAAACUUCUUGCCCAGAUCCAGAGUCGGUCCGCUGUUUGCUUGUCUGAUCGGAAAGCAAAUGAAAUCAAUCCGUGAUGGUGACAGGUUUUGGUGGGAAGCUGAUGGUGUUUUCACGCAGCAGCAGAGGAAUGAGCUUCUGAAAGCUUCUCUGUCUCGUGUUAUCUGUGACAACAGUGACAUUGAAGAAAUUCCUCCAGAUUCCUUCAGAUUUAGGAAAUAUCCUGCAGAUUAUGUCAACUGUAGUGAGAUACCAUCGAUGAGUCUGGAAGCUUGGAGAGAGGAGAAGAGUCGAGACCUCCAGGGGUGUGGCUUGCCAAAACCAAUAAAAAAUGGAGAUUUCAUAUUUUCCUCCAAAUCUGGCAAACUGACCGCUCUCUACUCCUGUUACCAUGGUUUCAAAUUAGAGGGGGCUGCUGAAAUCGUUUGUGAAGGAAAUCAGUGGAGUAAUGAAGCACCUCGGUGCGCACGUGAGUGAGUGUUCCUGAUUUGUUUCAUCCCGUCUGUUUGCAGCACCAACAGCGUGGAGCCGUUUAACAUUAAGGACAGAUUCCACUGCUUCCUGAUUAGUGCUGAAUCCUCAAUGAUUGAAGUGCUACGGUCUGAAACAAACUGUUUGAUGGAGAUCAGUAGGAUUUGGGUUUUAUCAAUGCAGAGCUGCUGUCCUCUCUGAGCGGGACUUUACUGCUAUCUGCUGGUCUAAUGGAGGACCACCAAAGAGCCUCAGAGUCGAUACCUCACUGCAGUCAGGAAACUAUAAAACAUGCUGCACAAAUACCAGACUUCAGCUUUUAUCUGUUUGAAAUUUACUUUUGUAGGUUUACUUAUUCAUUUAUUUGUUUGUAAGGGAAUCAAAACAAAGCAAAAGCACUUCUGGAGAAAAAAAAAUAACUAAACCACGUUCUUAUUCAUAAGAAUUCUGUGUAUAACUGACAAGUUUAACAAUGAUUAGAAAAUACUUUGACUCAUUCUUUAGAACAUCGUCCUUUCACACUGAAAAAAUUCAAACCUGCGUCACAAAAUGUUUCUUUUAUGUUUGGAGAAGUAAUGCAUUUGUGAGAUUUCAUCAUUUGAAGAAUUUGAUUUGCUGUUAAGAGGAGAAAAGAAUCAUUU